GCCGUCUACGAUUUAUUUACAAAUCAAGAAUCCACCACACAAGACACACAUACAAAACGUUCCGAGUUCUCGAACAAACCAAAACAUCCAUAUUAUCGACGUAAAAGAAAUUAAGCGCGUAUUUUUAUUUUUUAUUUUUUUUUUGCUUCAAAUUACAUUGAUCGGAAAUUCAUUUCGAUUUUCGGAAAAUUCUUUCACUUUUUUUUGUACACAAAUUCCUGUUUAUUGAUCGGUUUCAAUUAAACAAGAAAUAAAUAUUAAUUUUUAAGAGUGCGUAUUUGUAAAAGUGCUCAUUCAACUGUAUUCAACAAACCAUCGAAAAAUUCAAAAUUCAAUUUUCGGUAAAAUUCCGAACGGUUACAUAUCAACAAAUUAGCGGCAAUUUUUCCUUAAUUAUAAACAAAAAACAUCAAUCACAAUGGUUCGACUAACACAAUUGUGGCAAGUGCUCGUCCUUACACUCAUCCUUCUCAUUGCGACAACAAGUGCCGGACGCGUCUUUCGGUUGCAUCGUUCAGCCGAUGAGGCAGUAAGCUCAACAACACCAAAAGAAGAAGCAAUAUGCCAAGAGAAUACACCAUGUGGCUGGGCUGUUUACACUCCAUUCACACGUAAAGUGGACUAUUUCAUGAAGAAUACAUGUGUAUGUCCGACGGAAAAUAAUGUAGUAUGCCUCAAGACUGAUGACGAUCUCUCUGUUAGCGCCUUUGUUUACCGUUGCCGGCCAAAUCCCGGCGGCGAAUCGGCCCUCGCAUAGGCUGACUAAUGAUGGCGCUAUUAAUUGGACCGGAUUCACAGCACUGCUUUGAUGGCGAGACCAUGUUUGUAUCGGUCGAUGUCCGUUUCAUUGAUGUCACUUUGUAUGUACAAAAUAUAUGGUUUAGUUUACAUUUUGACUGAGAUCGGACGAACGAUAUGAUUUAAAUUCGGUUCACAAAUGGGGCUGCAGUGGCACAGUUAUUUUCACAUAUUUUUCAUACUCUAACAAUUGAUUAUUUUCUUUCAUAAAGUAUGACAUAGCAUAUUUAGUGCAUAAUUUA